UCUUUCUCAAAACUCGCAAGGUAACCUUCGUUCUAUCCUUCUCAAAUCUCGUUUACAAUUUCUUUCUGAUAAACCCUUCUUCUAAACCCUCGAACCUCCUAGGGUUUAGCCAUCCUUCUCGGCAAAAAGCCGGCGUCCGCCUUUCUACCUUCCGAUGCCCGUCGGAUCUAAGCUUAUUGCUCUACUCUCUACCUCCUUUCCCCUCCGCCCUUCCUUCGUCUUUCGCCUUGCUCGCUACUCUCGCCCUACUUUCGACAACCCUACUUUCGCCGCAUUUUCUUACGCGUCAGUCUUUCAUGGCCGCAUUCAUUCUGUCUUUAAUCGCCCAAAGCUCGGAUUUUGGAGCGGAGCAAUAAAUCAGUUCCACUCGGAAGCAGUUAUCAACGAAGGAUGCGGCGAGGCAGCGACCUUGUUCUCUGACUCGAAGAAUUCGCAUCCAUGGCCGGAGUGGUCAAAGCUUGCGGAUCUAUUGGUAGAGAAAGGUUACUCAGAUCGGUGCAUGGCUUCUGGUGAUGACGAUGACUCGUUCUCUGUGGAGGAGAAUUUACCGGAGAAGUUUUUGAAAGCUGCUGAGGCUUGUCUAGGGUUUGCAAGGGAUCGGCCAGAUAUUUUAAGGCUUCUUGCCAAGAAGAAUAUGGAAACUAUCGUGUUGAAUGGGUCACCGUUCUUAUUCAAGAACGGUGAGAAUUCAGCCAGAAGGAUGAAAUUUUUCUUAAGCGGCGAGGGAAGCAAUGAAUUGGAACUUGAGAGGGCUCAAACUAUCGAUAUCAUGAGAUAUCUCUUGAGCUAUGUCUAUGGCCCUUUGUCUUCAUCACAUGACAAUAACUUGAAAUCUGACGAGCAUGUUCAACAAUCUGUGCGGAAAUUGUUGUGUGAGUUGUUUAAUUUGAGCGGAACUGUCUGGAAACCAAAAUCAGUAGAUGCAACCUUGACAGAGCUUCCUUUAAGCAAUGAUAAGUUGUCCGGGCAUCCUGGGCAAUAUAUUGAAACGAAAACUGCUGACUUGAUUAACCCAAAGAUUCCAGGUCGAUCAUCUGCCGCAUCAGAAAGUCAGCUGAAUGCUUCGUGUAACUUUACUGACAAAGAAUACGGAAACAGCAUAUUCAACCAGAAGCAAGGACCUGAGGUGACCCGAUCAUCACAAACUAGCCGUAUAAGCACACCUAAUGACCCUUUUAUCAAAAAUCCAGCUCAGCCUUCCACUAGCGUUUUGGACAAGAAUGUAGAAUCAUGGAAUAGAAUUCAGACUAGCAGUAUAUCUAAUGCACAGAUACCGAAUGAGAGCAAUGCUGUUUAUGGCUCUAUAAAUUCGAGUGAGCCAACUAGCCCCCUGGGAAAUAACUUCACUAAUUAUUAUGGCGGAUACACUGGGAAGCCGACCCAACCAUCUGGUAACUUAUGGACAAAGAGCGGGGCAUCCUAUGGUGGAUCCACUGCAAAGUCAUCUCCUCCGCCUGGCAACUCAUGGAACAACUACAAUACUUCUUUUGCUGGAUACAAUGGGAAUUCAGCCCAACAAUCUAGCACUGUAAGUAGUAACAACAGUACACCUUAUGGUGGAUCAAUUGUGAAUCCAUCUCAGCCACCACCCAGAGACUUAUGGAGCAACUACAAUACUGUAAAUUCAACUCAGCCCUCAAGUAACUCCUGGUCUAACAACAACAUAUCUUCUACUGAAUCCACUCCAAAUUCAUCUCAACCGCCCAGCGGCUAUCGGGGUAACUACAGUGCUCGAUAUGAUGGAUACAGCAAUGCAUCUCAAACUGCAUUUACUUCCAAUUCAUCUCAGCCACCCAGUAACUCAUGGAACAACCACAAUACUUCACCUGGUGGAUUCAAUGAGGCAUUAAAGCAACCAUCUACUAACUCUUAUGGUGCGUCCACUGCAUAUUCACCUCAGGCACCCAACAACUCAUGGAACAAUUACAAUACUCCAUAUGGCGAGAAUUUUAUGAAAUCAACCCAACCAUCCAGCAACUCUUGGAAUACCAGCAAUACAUCUUUUGGUUGGCCCAACACAAAUUCAUCUACUGAGCCAUCUACGAGCUCCAUGACCAGCAACAAUUCUCAUGUCGGGUACAGUGCUGAUUCAUAUCACAGAUAUCCUGCAAAUUCAAACCAGGCGUCAAGUUUAGGAUGGAAUAACAGCAGCACUUCGUUUCCUGGAGCCUCUGCAAAUCCACAUCCGGUAUCAAGUAGUACAUGGAACAACAGCAGAGAAGGUUUUAGUAGUGGAUUUCCUCAGGCGAACAAUGGAUUGCCUGCUCAAGACCAGAGUCUGAAUGGGAAUUAUGGUUAUUCAGGUAAGAGCUUGGAAGGAUCUUGUGUGAAAGAGCCUGAUCCAUUGGAUAUGUCUGAAGAAGCAAAGGCUGAGCGAUGGUUUCGCCGGGCUGCUCAAAUCAAGGAUAUCUCAGAACUUAGCCAGAUACCUGAUGAAGAUUUCCCCCAAAUUAUGCCAAUGAGGAAGGGAGUGAACAGGUUUGUUGUCAGUAAGAGGAAGACGCCUCUUGAGAGGAGACUGGCAUCACAGCAGUACAAAAGAAGCUUGCCUGUUGUAAGCUCUGAACCUGAGAAAGACCCAACAGCAGGAGAGAAGGAAGAUUAGUAUUUUUUUUUCCGAUUAAUGGCUGUGAAUUGGUUAACAUAAUUUUGUCCUCCAUAAAUUAUGUCAGCUAAGCAGAGUUUCUCGAUUUUAGUAUAAAGUUUGGAGCAUCAAAAUAUGGUUACUGUGGCAGCAAAGAUAAAAAUGAGAGAAUGUAACUUUGUUCAUGUAGCAUGAAAUGGACAAUGAAAUAAUUUGUAAUGCUGUUAUCAUUUGUCUAUUAGAAAAGGAAAAUGAAUUGGAACAAGUGGGUUUUUUUAUC